GCAUCCUAUCCAGUUCCGACGAUGAAGGUGAUUCAUUCAGCAGCGACGGGGAGGACGGUGGAGGUUUGGUCAUAGACGCCCAAGCUGGACUCGGUCAUUCCGAGAUCCAGAAUCCGGAGAUCCACCAGAAUGGGCAUGUGGAUAACGGGCAUCUAGCGGCAUCGGGUCCUGUCUAUAACGGUAGUCCGGAUACGUCAUCUGCUAGCGAUAGGCAGUGAGAGAAUUCAAUUAUCUUACUUUUUGUUUGUUUUGCUCGGGGGUUUGUCGCUGGAGUUUCGCUCGUUUGGUACCACUCGGAAUUUACAUCGGUUUCAUCUAAUCCGCCUGGAUAUUAUAACUUGUGGAAUGGUUUAACUAUAGUUCUAAAAAAAGUGCGAUAUUUUCCACAUCUGAUAGCCCUAAUAAGAGAAACAAAAUUCAUUGCUGGACGUUGGAUAAGAAACAAUGCCAAAAUUACCCAUUUCUAUUUGCAAAUAAUCGUCAUUACUCCUGGAAUUAUCACUUUAACC